AUUACCAUCCUACUACUCUCUUUAAGUACCCUUGCAAGGCUCUCGCAACUCCACACAUCCUCAUUUCCUAUAUUGUUUCUUACGGUAUAUAUUUAUUCUUGCGAUUUAUACACAAUUUUCGAAAUAUGGGGGCGCUUGAGAUCUUCUUCUUUCCUGUCAUGGCUCAUGGCCACAUGAUUCCAGUCCUCGACAUGGCUAAGCUAUUCGCCUUCCGCGGCGUGCACUCCACGAUCAUCACCACGCCUCUUAAUGCUCAUGCUUUUGCAAAAGGAGUGGAGAAGACUAAUGAUUUGGGGUUUCACAUGAGUCUCGAGAUUCUCGAGUUUCCGAAAGUGGAGGGUUUGCCUGAAGACUGCGAAAAUGCUGAUCAGAUCGCUGAUUCUGCUUUGCUCCCGGCCUUUUUUGCUGCGACAAGAAUGCUCAGAGAUCAGCUGGAGCAGCUUCUUCAGGAGCGCAGGCCUAAUUGUCUUGUUUGCGAUAUGUUCUUCCCGUGGGCGGUUGAUUUGGCCGCCGGGCUUAAUAUCCCGACGCUGGUGUUUCAUGGGUCCGGGUUCUUUGCUUCGUGUGCUGGAGAACAGAUGAGGCUGCAAAGGCCUUACAAGGGUCUAAAGAAUGACUCGGAUGAGUUUGUUCUGCCGAAUCUCCCUCAUAAGGUGAAGUUUUGUUUAAGUCAGAUCCCGCUUCAUGAGCGGACAGAGGAGAAUUCAGUGUUUGCGAAGACGCUGAUUGAGGCCAAGGAGUCUGAGUUGAGGAGUCUGGGAGUGGUUGUGAACAGCUUUUAUGAGCUGGAGCCUGAUUAUGCUGAUCAUUACAGGAAUGUUUUGAAGAGGAAAGCGUGGCAUAUUGGUCCGGUUUCGUUGUGUAACAGGAGUUUCGAAGAGAAGGCGCAGAGAGGGAAGCGAGCGGCUAUUAGUGAAGAUGAAUGCUUGAAGUGGCUGGAUUCGAAGAGUGUCAAUUCGGUUGUGUAUGUUUGUUUUGGGAGUAUUAGUAAAUUUCCGAGUAAGCAGUUACAUGAGAUUGCUGUGGGACUUGAGGCUUCGGAGCAACAAUUCAUAUGGGUUGUGAGGAGGACAGGUGAUGAAGAAAUUGAGGACUGGAUGCCAGAAGGAUUCGAGGAGAGGACGAAAGGAAGAGGGCUCAUGAUCAGAGGAUGGGCGCCGCAAGUGAUGAUCCUUGAUCACGAGGCUGUUGGGGGCUUUGUGACACAUUGUGGCUGGAACUCGACUCUUGAAGGGAUAGCUGCUGGGGUACCGAUGGUCACAUGGCCUUCGUUCGCGGAGCAAUUCUAUAAUGAGAAGCUGAUCACGGAUGUUCUUCGGAUUGGUGUUGCUGUUGGGGCCAAGGAAUGGGUUGUUGGGACAGGGGGAGGCAAUGUGAAAAGAGACGCGGUGGAGAAGGCUGUGAGGAGUAUAAUUGUUGGUGAAGAGGCUGAGGAGAGGAGAAACAAAUGCAAGGGGCUUAAAGAGAUGGCCAGAAAGGCUAUUGAAGAAGGCGGAUCUUCUCACUCGGAUUUGAGUGCUUUGAUCCAAGAACUCAGUUCAUAUUCUUCUUGAUGUUAGAGUUGAAAUGAGAUCAGAAACAGCUAGUUCUUUAAGUUUCUUUUGCUUUGAAAAGUGAUAAUUGUACCGGUUUCAUACAAGAAUUGACGGAACUUCAAUGUUGGAGAUUUCUUUUCUCAA